AAAAAGCAUAUUGUGCCAAAUCCCGAGAAGAAUUACUUGAAGAAAGUCAUGACAUAAUCCAACCACAAUCUUAAUUUCGCCGAACAAAAAUAAUUGGAACAAUAUCAGAUAAGUAAAACACUUAUGAAAAGUUAAAAGACUUAAUAAAGGCUGGUUUAAAUAUUUUUACAAUAAAUAUGGCUUAUUGUACUACCAAAACAGCAGAAGAAUUAAAAAAAUACCGAGAUUAACUAGAAAAGAGUUAAAUAAACAAAUACCUAUUAUAUGCACUUUAAAAGGAUCAUUAAUUAGAAUAGGGUUAUUAUAAAAGCCAUAAAUUUAUUUAAAAAAAGGCUAGUAAUAUAGAUUGAUUUUACGUAAUAAUAUUUUAGAGAAUGA